AGAAAGCCAAGAUGAAGUUCUCACACUCUGCCCUGCUGGCCCUCGUGGGCGCCGCCGCUAUCGCCACCCCUUCGCCCUCCAAGACCCUCAAUGGCCUACCCAGGCGGGUUGUGGCCGGCUGCUCCUCGGCUGUCACGCUCGACGCCUCGACCAACGUGUUCAAGAAGUACACGCUGCACCCCAACAGCUUCUACCGCGCCGAGGUCGAGGCGGCCGUCAAGUCCAUGUCGGACGCCAGCCUGGCCGAGGCGGCCGCAAAGGUUGCCGACGUCGGCAGCUUCCUGUGGAUCGACACGAUAAGCGCCAUCUCCAGGAUUGAGCCGGCUGUUGCCGACGUCCCCUGCGAUCACAUCCUCGGCCUCGUCAUCUACGACCUCCCCGGCCGCGACUGCGCCGCCAAGGCCUCCAACGGCGAGCUGAAGGUUGGCGAACUGAGCAAGUACAAGACAGAAUACAUUGACCCCAUCGCCAAGCUCUUGAAACAGCACUCCAACACGGCCUUCGUGCUCCUGAUCGAGCCCGACUCGCUCCCGAACCUCGUCACCAACGCGGACCUGGCUACCUGCAAGAACAGCGCGGCCGGCUACCGGGACGGCGUCGCGUACGCGCUCAAGACGCUCAACCUGCCCAACGUGGUGCAGUACAUCGACGCCGGCCACGGCGGCUGGCUCGGGUGGAACGACAACCUUAAGCCGGGGGCGCAGGAGCUCGCAAAGGCCUACAAGGCCGCCGGCAGCCCCAAGCAGUUCCGCGGCUGGACCACAAACGUGGCCGGCUGGAACGCCUGGGACCUGUCCCCGGGGGAGUUCUCGGGCGCCACGGACGCGCAGUGGAACAAGUGCCAGAACGAGAAGAUAUACGUCCAGACUUUUGCCCCCCUGCUCAAGUCGGCGGGCAUGCCGAACCACGCCCUCGUCGACACGGGCCGGAACGCCGUCCAGGGCCUGCGCGAGGAGUGGGGGCACUGGUGCAACGUCAACGGGGCCGGGUUCGGCGUCAGGCCCACGGCCAACACGGGCCUCGAGCUCGCCGACGCCUUCGUCUGGGUCAAGCCCGGCGGCGAGUCCGACGGCACCAGCGACACGGGUGCCAACCGCUACGACAGCUUCUGCGGCAUGAGCGACGCCUACAAGCCCUCGCCCGAGGCCGGCCAGUGGAACCAGGAGUACUUUGAGAUGCUCAUCCAGAACGCCAAACCGGCUUUCUAA